CGCCACCGUGAUCGUUAUCGAUAUUGGGAAACACAGUAAGCAGUUAGCCCAGAACAACCUACGCCGAUAAGUUGCAUCCAACAAAGUUGUGAAAGAGGACGGCCAAGACCACGACUAGAACGCCACAUUUACACAAAACUCACCUUGUUUGGUCCAGGAGUUGCUCGUCUUCGCUAUCUGAUUUGACGCACUCUCCAAUCAGUUCGAAAGGCUUGAAGGCUUGCGAGGGCCAUGUCCGAUGUGCAACUCUAUCUUCUCGAAGUCGACAAGCAUAAGGCUGAAGCUUCAAAGAUCGCAUCUCAGAGCGCGAGUCGGUUGGAGACGAAGCAGCUCAAGCUUAUCGAUUUAGUGACAAGUCUCGAACCUUACAUCAACAACCGAGACGAUGCGAGCCUCCGCGCAAAAUCUGUGGCCUAUCUGGCCGAAGUGUUGUCACAUAUUGCACACAAAGUGCUUUCGCUUCAGGAGAGAAGACUGCUUGUUGACUUCAUCCUUGGCCGUUUAGAGGGCGAUCACGAGGGUCUGGGUGCUUCAGCACGGGCUCUCAUCUCUCUGGAGGCUCUAGGCAACUGGGAUACCGACACGGCGCAGAAAGUAAUGCGGACUUUCAUUGACUACACGAGCCCGUUGAGGCAGUUCAAGUUACAAACGGAACGGUAUGCCGUCGCUCAGCUCAUCGAUCUGCUUCUGGCAAAGUAUCGAACGGUAAUCCGUCAACUACACGAUGAUGACCAUGAGUUCUUGCCAGCGUUCAUCUCAUACUUCGAAGGCGAGAAGGACCCGCGCAACCUUAUGAUCAUCUUCUCCAUGCUGCAAGUGCCAAUGGCUGAAUGGGAUGUCCGUGCGCAUGCACAGGACUUGUUCGAAUCAGUUUUUAACUACUUCCCUAUUACCUUCAAACCUCCGCCCGAUGAUCCGUACGGCAUUAGCGCACAAGAUCUCAAGGAUAGACUGCGAGAUUGUAUAGCAGCAAACUCCGACUUUGCGCCGUAUGCCUUCCCGCAACUACUUGACAAGCUUGACUCGACAUCAAUCAACACCAAGAGAGACGUUCUGCAAGCGAUUCAGGAAUGUGUUGUCGGCUAUGAAGUACAAACGAUCAACCUUUAUUCAGUAACGUUGUGGGAUGCUCUCAAAUUCGAGAUCUUGAAUGUCCAGGAGGAAGACCUGGCACAGGAAGCAUUACGCGCGUUGUCGCUUAUUGCAGCCAAGUUUGCCCAGACGUCGGAAGGACCACUUAACGCCUUUCUUAGGCCCAUCAUUAAGGAAUGUAAUGAGCACCUGGAAGAUGCUCCGACGAAGCAGUCGGAAGCAGCCAGCAGAAUCUUGCACGCAAUCUCCAUUACUGCUCCGAUCAUUGCCGACACUGUCAUACAAGGAGCCUUCCCAUUAUUGUUCAAAAUGUAUCAUGGCACCGAAUCGAUUACAAAGCGAAGAGGCUUACUGGAGGCGGCCAACCAGGUGAUCGGAGCAUAUAGCAAGCUCGAUAAAGUCGAAUUUGGUAUGAAUGUCGAAGCCUUGGCAGCAUUCUCGGAGACCGCCGUGGCCGCCAUGGUACGGGCACUGGUGGCCGCUCCAAAGCACGAAGUCUCCUUCCGACUCAGUGCGUUGACUGGUCUGGCGCAACUCAUCUCCGUACAGAAAGCGCUACCUUCGAGUCAGAUCGAGCUGGCAGUCACGACCGUCACGGAUAUAAUCAUACAUGAGCACAUCGAGGGCCAUGGCAACAUUCGUCCGCAAGCUAUCAAGACCUUGGUGGAUAUGGCGCACGCUGUUCCUCAAGUUUUACAAGAGAGAGCGAUACCCGCAUUUAUGGUUGAGUUACCGGACGUACCGGAUGAUCUGAGUCGCUCCGAGCAUGUUCUCGAGGCAUUCGCUCAACUUGCCACUGAGAAACAGCUCUUCCAUACGACCAUCUUGCGCCUUAAAGGUAAGCUAGAAGCGGCUCGUCGGCAGGAUGCUCCGGCCACAUAUCAGCGCAGCUUGUUGCUGGCCUUGCUGUACGGCUUCACGUUCGGCGAGCCGAUACCGGCGCGAGCGGACUGCUACCGACCGUACGCUAUACCGUUGGUGGAUGAGUUUGUCCGAUGCCACCUGGCUAGGCGAGAUCCGGCAAUGUGCGAGAUCGUUGGACGAAUAUGCAAUUCGAUACUGCGCCCACAAGGUGUACACUUCCAGAGCGGCGUCUACCACAAAGACCUGUCAUGGAUGUCGCAGGAGACUGCAACCCAAACAUCCGUUGAGAACCUUCGUUCGAUCACACCUUAUCUGCUGUUCUACUACGCGGCGCUCAGAGUGGAGGUGGUUGAGGCUGAAGAUAUCGUCGCACUGCUGCAGAAGACAUCGGCGGCAGCGCUUGAUGCUGGAGUCGGUACGAAUGGUCACGGCAUGACGCUGCGCCUGCUGUCCUUACUGGUCAAUAAGUUCGUCAAUCCGAAGACGAUGCAGGUCACGCUCGAGGCCGCUAAGCUUGACGUUGAUGCUCUGCUAACGAAAGAUUGCUCGGUUAACGCUAUUGGAGUUGGCUGCGCGAUCGUGAAGGGACUGCUACUACAAGGCAAGAGUGCCGCGCUGACCACGAAAUACCUACAAGCCUUACUCGAUCAGCUCACCGCUGGAAACCGAGAAGUCGCCAUGCGCUUUACCACCCUGCUCGCACCGGAUGACGUGCUAACCAAGGAGAACCAUUGCCUGAUCUCUAACCUGUACAAGCAGAAAGUCUUCACUCAAGCGGUGCCCUUCAUUACGAACUCGGUGCGCAACCCCGACGCCCAGAAGAAGUCCAACUAUCUAGUCGCUCUGUCCGGGAUCCUGCGGUGGCUGCCGUACUCCAUCAUGGAACCGUCUCUGCCCAUCCUCCUUCCACCGUUACUACAGACACUCGACCUCGACACGAGUGCCGAUCAAGAAGUCAAGGCUUCUGGGCUCACGAUCUUUGAGUCCAUGCUUAUGCAUGACCCAAGUGUUGUGGCAGAGCACACCGCUUCGCUUGUCACACGCCUGCUUAACUGUACAACUGCGGAAGCGGGCAAUCAUGCGAACGUGCGUGCGAAAGCAUUGCAGUGUCUCGCCCUCAUUCCGCGGCAGCUGAAGAGGGAGGCUGUGGUGCCGUAUAGGCGACAAGUGGUGAAGCGGCUGCUUGCUUGUCUAGACGAUGCGAAGAGAAUUGUAAGGGCAGAGGCGGUGAAGUGUCGGACUGCGUGGCUUGCGCUUGACGAGGGCACUGAUGACGCAGAUUAAAAUCACAUAGUACGCAAGUCUCUUGUGCGAAUCAGUGCUCAACCUUUUGUACAAUGCUUUUAGUUUCGUGAGAUGCCUUUUCGGCUCUAACUAGCUUCUGCCGUACACCAGCUGUCGCACGCACGUCAGAUGGCAUCGCAUAUGGCACGGCGGUGCCAUAUGCCUACUCGUCGAGCGUGACAUAGUUGGCUGGGAAAAGCCCGGUCUUGCCCCCGUAGUG